GUGAAGCGGUCAGCUGAAGGUGUAAACAAAUGUUUGACAGCGGCGGCUGCCCUCUGCCUCCUCGUCUCUGUUUUAUCUACACUCUCCUGCCCUCUCAUGGAUCUCAUGGAGUCACUCAUCAAUAAAGCUGAUUACCUGAUAGAGCAGAGUCAUGAAGCACUGGUCCAAGGCAGCUGUGGAGCUCUUCAUGGACAUCCACUGUUCAGUAGACUGGCAGCAAUCUAUGCCGAGGAAGCUACUAAAACACCCAGACUCAAGAGUAUCAGCCUAACUCACAAAUUAUUGGAGAAGUUGGUAAAACGUGAUAACCUCAACUGCCUGGUGGUUAAUUUGUAUCGAGGUAAUGAAGGAUACUCUCUUGCUAUCAAAAUGUCAUCGGGACUGGAAACAGAAACUGUCCGACUUUCAUAUGAGGAGGAUGUUUUUUUGACAUAUAUUGAUAAUGAGAAACUUCCUCCAAUGCUUCUAGACUUGCUAGACGAGUCAAGCAUAGAAAUCUACCAGUCAGGAUGUGUAAUAGCUGAAGUUCGGGAUUAUAGGAGAACACUUGACUCGUCUUUUGAUACGCGAUACCUUCUUCUCCAACCUACAAAUCAGUCAGUAGCAGCAGAUAUUGCAGCUAUGACUCGGGACCGUGACUGGACCUCUGAAGAACGCCUUCACUUAGAAGCAGAAAUAAUUAAGCGAACAGCUCCUCCUCUCAAUCUUUCUCCGUCUCCUAUGGUAGCGAUCAUCAACAACAAACUACAUCAACGAAAAUAUAAAUUUUCCACCGUGCCUAUAAAGAGAGCAGCACGGAGGUUUAGUCAGAUUGCUCAGAAUCGUCAGAAAAGUUUUGAAGAAUCAGCUGCUCCAAAAUGUUUAAGACUGCAUAACUUCUUGAGUGGGAAGAAAGACAAACGACCUAGUACCAAAACCUUAACAAAGCCACUUAUUCCAAUGUCAUUGGAUGAUGGUCCGGAGCUGAGUGUUCCUGAUAACAUCGAUGUUCCCAAGGUUGCUCGAACAUAUGAGCGACCUAAUUAUACAACCGACAACUCCCUGGUGUUCAUCGAAGAGCUAGUACUGGAAACAGAACGUGGCCAAGGAAGGAUAUACCAUACUAAGUUGACUAUUUCUCAACGAAAGACCGACGAAGUGUACUUUGGUGAGCUGUAUGUUGAUCGUGAUUAUCAAGAAGGCAGACAAAAUGGAUCUACAUGCAAGUUUCAGUUAGGUACACAGCAGCAAGUGUGCCGCUACAUUCAACAGUUUAAGGAGAUAUUCACCGAGGACUGGCGGAAGAGUGUCAAAAUUACACAUAGGGUUGCAGGGCAAGCAGCAUACUCUACUUUUAUGCAGGGUAGCCGUGAUAAGAAAGAUGUAGAAUUGCUCAGGCAGUCGUCCGCUCAACAACCAGGACAACAACAAACUCAGCAGCAGACCCAGCAAGGACAACAACAACAAUCACAGCAGCAACAGCAGUCUCAGCAGCCUAUACAGCAGCAAGCAGUAGCAGUAGCAGCAGCUGCAGUUGCAGCUGCUGCAGCUGGAUCAUCUGGGGUAGCAUCUGCUUCAUCCACCACAACUAUGAGCCAGCACACUCAACCUAAUGUUAUUAUUGUCUCAAAUGGUGAGGGAGGCGUGAAGAAGUCUGUGACUGUUGUGACCAAGCCAAUUGCCGUGACCUCGGCCUCGACUCUUACCAGUCUCAUAUCAGCUCAGCCUGUGCAACAAAGUUCAGGUGGACAACACCAGGUGGUAGUUGCAAGAAGUGCUGAUAUCACCAAUUUACUGGCUGGUAGAGGGGGGACUACCUCGGCAGGAAUGGCCAGCAUGACCGGAGGCAUCGGUGGUGCCACCAAACUGGCAGUAGCUGUUACAACAGGUCCUGGGGUUUCAAAGAUUUCCCUUCCAUCUUUAACAACACAGCUAAAUCGCUCUGUACCAGCAUACUCACAAGCUGUGUCAUUGGCCAAAACUCAGAUCUCAUCGCCAUCACUGACGGCGCUCCUGAAGGGCACAGUGCCGGCGAGCACACAGUCUGUCACCAUACCCAGGCCACAGGUUGUGAGUCUUGUUGGUGGUGUCAAUGAUACGUCGGGUCAUACCAAAUCUUCCAGCAAUGAUUCAUCGUCUUCAUCUCUUAAUGUUUCUGGCCUGCAACAGCUACUAGCAGGUACACCAUCAGCAGAUAAUCCUGCUCCACAGAGAGGUGGGCCGUCACUACUAGAUCGUCUCUCUGCCCAGUCUUCAAGUGCUGUUGCUGCUGCUGCUGCUGCAAAUAAGCAAGAUGGCAGUGUAGUCAAAGUUGGAGGUAGUGUGAGUGGUGCGUGCAGCCAGGCUGGGGUUGGCAGUUCUGCAGCAGCAGCAGUGUUGCGGAGUGACAGCGGCACUGGUGGACCACCUCCUAAUGUCAAUAUUGCAAGUCUUAAUCUACCUGGCUUAAAUGUAGCAGGCUUGCAGAGUCUGACAACCAACCUCAGUGGUCUUCAGAAUGUUCAGGUGACCAUCCCUGGCUUGGCCGUGCCCAUAUCACUCUCACUUAAUGUGCCUGUCAGCAGCUCCACUGGUGUCAUCCUCUCAUCACCACCACCUGCAAGUGUUGCAACGAAGGUGUCGGGCACGACGGCAGGCACGUCUGCAGCAACGGUAAUGAUAGCCAGUCAGCCAACUUUGCAGCAGGGUCAAGUUGUUCAACUGCCAAUAAGUCAGCUGAAUUCUCCCCAACUGGCAGCUCAGUUAGCCAAGUCAUCUGCUCAGCAAGGUGGCUCAUCAUCGUCAAUCCCAGUUCUGCAGGUGCAAGGUGUUGGAGGGCAGCUGUUUACAUCAGUGCGUGGCGGGACGAGUGGAGGUGGCGGUGGUGGGGGAACAGUUGGUUCCUCUGCUGGUGGGGGGCUGUCACAGCAGACAGUACAAGUAGCACUGCAGACAACACAGGGUACUGGCACUGUUGUGUCGGGAGCUGAAGCACACACCACUACUUCCCAGCCAUCAGUUGUGGCUCUAACAGCUAAACAACAGCUCCAGUUGGCUCUACAAAAGACAGGGCCAUUGAGUAGUUUUACACAGUUACAACUUCAACAAAAACUAGCUGCUCUUGCCAAACGCACACAACAGCAGCAGCAGCAUCAGCAACAACAGCAACAACAACAGCAGCAACAACAACAGCAGCAACAGCAGCAACAACAACAGCAGCAGCAGCAGCAGUAGUAGCAGUAAUACACACACACAUAAAAUGAAUAUUCUUAGGUACAAAUAAUAUGUGCAUGUUUGCAUGCAUGCACAUAUGCACAUGAUUUCUGUGAGACUAAAAUUGGAAUAUGCAGCAGUUGUUUAGUGCCCAUAUCUCAAGAAGCAUAUCAAUAAACUGGAAAAUGUGCAAUGACAUGCUACAAAGUGGUUCUUGAGGUUAUCUUGAGAUGAUUUCGGGGCUUUUUAGUGUCCCCGCGGCCCGGUCCUCGACCAGGCCUCCACCCUCAGGAAGCAGCCCGUGACAGCUCACUAACUCCCAGGUACCUAUUUACUGCUAGGUAAGGGGCAUCAGGGUGAAUAAAACUCUGCCCAUCAUUUCUCGCCGGCGCCCGGGAUCGAACUCGGGACCACAGGAUCACGUGUCCAGCGUGCUGUCUGAGCAGACUUCGAAUCAGUUCUGAUUCUCAGAACUGAAAAACAAGAGUUAUGAGGAAAGAAGACUAGAGGUGUUAAAUAUUCCAAAGCUAGAAGAUAGAAGAAAAAGAGGUGAUAUGAUCACUCCCCACAAAAUAGUAACAGGAAUUGUCAAAAUUGACAAAGAGGUAGUCUUGCAUCCUGCAACUUCAAGAACAAGAGGUCAUAGAUUGAAGCUAUGGAAACAAAGAUGUCAGAAAAAUAUUGGAAAGUUCUCUUUUUGCAGAGUGUUAGACAACUGGAACAAGUUAAGCAAAACUGUCACCGAGGCCAAAACCGCCAGUAGUUUCAAACGUCAUGUGACAAAGAGUGCUGGGAAGACUUGACACUACAAACGUAGCUCUCAAUCCGUAACUACACUUGGGUACUGUAAUUACACUCGGGUAAUUACGCAUGCACAAUUGCAAAAUGAUGAGGAUGAGAAACUAUGGUCUUUAAGUCUAGAUCUCUCAAAGGAAGACAGAGAAGCUGAAGCGAAACCUUAAUGAAGCAAAACAUUUCAAUUAAGGUAAAAACGAAGAAAACAAACAUUUUUUUUCUACACGGUAAUAGGGAUCAGAAUACCUGUGAAAUAGUAAAUAACAAAAAGCCAAUAAAAUUGUUAUAAGUAAGGGCAAAGGAAGAGAGAACUUAUUCCAAAAAAUUUUAUAUACUGUAACAUAGAUUGGUGAGGCCAAAAGUAUUGGUGUUAAAUACACUAGUAAAGAUGAAUCUCCAAGAUAACAUUCUAAAUCGGGUAGUAUUCCCGAGGGGCUACUCAAUUUGAAGACAUAACAGAAUAAUUAGAAAAGAUGAAGGCAUUCCAGUCCUGGUAAAGGACCAACUGAAGGCAAGGGCGUUAAUUCCAGACAACCCACAAGAAGUCGUCAUAAUGGCCCUGGAGAUCUGUAAUCGGGAUGAUCAGUUGAUAAUCAUUAAAGCCUACAGUCCACCGGCAUGCAACACAAGGACAAAUAAAGAGAGUUGGAUGACAAAAGAGAGGGCCUUAUAGUGAUCAUGAGAGAGAUUAUAGCAAGAGCACAUAAUAAUAAAUCAUGAUUGUUUGUACUUGGUGACUUAUAUUUGAAAUUAAUAGAUUGGGAGGCCAACAAAGCAAGAACAGAGGACAUUUGGUUUGGCUGAUUCAUAAACCUCAUCCUUGAAACUUUCAUCUAUCAACACAUUAAGAAGGCCGUGAGAAUUAGAGUAGGUGAUGCUCCAUCAGUGCUGGAUUUGAUAUUCACAAAAAAAGAAGAGUACCUUAACCCUUGCACUGCUCACCUAUUUUCGGCAAAAACGUCUUGGUGCAAUUGUCAAGGACAUAUUUUUGUUAUUUUUACAAAUGUU